CCAACGACAUUAGAAGGGUCUGGGAUUCCUUUAAAAGGAGCAACCAAACAUCUGGCAAAUAUAGUAAAGGGAUAUUCUGGUAGGACGUAUGCCUACCAUUAGUUCUGAAUACUGGUGAGGUUUUGAGGGCAAAAUGGCUGUGAUGAUUGGAAUCGCUUUCAGAGUUUCUUGGCUUUGUUGCCUGCUAAUUGGAGGGAUAACGUGUUCUACAUCAGAAGGUGACUGGUCUCCUUCACUGGAUUCUAAAGCAGCAUGGCUCUAUGCAGGAUCACUUCAGUCUCUAGGGUAUGGCAAUUAUAAGUCUCCAAAAUCUCAACUGCAAGCGCAACAGAAACAUCCGUCCGCCAUCCUGCGGAAGGAACUGGCCCCCAUGUCCCAGCAACCUCAGCAAGUGUGGCAUCAAGCUCACAUGCUGACGCAUAAGCAACCGACUGCCGUGCCCCAGCAAGUGUGGCAUCAAGCUCACAUGCUGACGCAUAAGCAACCGACCGCCGUGCCCCAGCAAGUGUGGCAUCAAGCUCACAUGCUGACGCAUAAGCAACCGACCGCCGUGCCCCAGCAAGUGUGGCAUCAAGCUCACAUGCUGACGCAUAAGCAACCGACCGCCGUGCCCCAGCAAGUGUGGCAUCCAGCUCAAAUGCCCCUGCAGCAGAAGGAACCGACCACUGAGCCCCAGCAAGUUUGGCAUCCCGCUCUAAUGCCCCUGCCAACAACCACUGUGCCCCAGCAAGUGUGGCAUCCUAGUCAAAUGCUGCAAAAGAAACCGACCGCCGUGCCCCAGCAAGUGUGGCAUCCUGCUCAAAUGCACCAGAAGCAACCGACUGCCAUGCCCCAGCAAGUGUGGAAUCAAUUUCACACACUGCAGAAGCAACCGACCGCCGUGCCCCAGCAAGUGUGGCAUCCUACUCAAAUGCCCCUGCAGCAGAAGCAACCAACCGCCGUGCCCCAGCAAGUGUGGCCUCCUACUCAAAUGCCCCUGCAACAGAAGCAACCGACUGCAAUGCCUCAGCAAGUGUGGAAUCCAUUUCACACACUGCAGAAGCAACCGACCGCCGUGCCUCAGCAAGUGUGGAAUCCAUUUCACACACUGCAGAAGCAACCGACCGCCGUGCCUCAGCAAGUGUGGAAUCCAUUUCACACACUGCAGAAUGCCCCACAGAAGCAACCGACCGCCGUGCCCCAGCAAGUGUGGAAUCCAUUUCACACACUGCAGAAGCAACCGACCGCCGUGCCUCAGCAAGUGUGGCAUCCUGCUCAAAUGCCCUGCAGCAGAAGCAACCAACCGCCGUGCCCCAGCAAGUGUGGCCAUUUGCACAAACCCCUGCAGCAGAAGCAACCGACCGCCGUGCCCCAGCAAGUGUGGCAUCCUGCUCAAAUGCCCCUGCAGCAGAAGCAACCGACCGCCGUGCCCCAGCAAGUGAGGCAUCCUGCUCAAAUGCCCCUGCAGCAGAAGCAACCGACCGCCGUGCCCCAGCAAAAGUGGAAUCCAUUUCACACACUGCAGAAGCAACCGACCGCCGUGCCCCAGCAAGUGUGGCAUCCUACUCUAAUGCCCCUGCAGCAGAAGCAACCGACCGCCGUGCCCCAGCAAGUGUGGCAUCCUGCUCAAAUGCCCCUGCAGCAGAAGCAACCGACCGCCGUGCCCCAGCAAGUGUGGCAUCCUGCUCAAAUGUCCCUGCAGCAGAAGCAACCGACCGCCGUGCCCCAGCAAGUGUGGCAUCCUGCUCAAAUGCCCCUGCAUCAGAAGCAACCGACCGCCGUGCCCCAGCGAGUGUGGCAUCCUGCUCUUAUGCCCCUGCAGCAGAAGCAAACGACCGCCGUGCCCCAGCUGGGGUGGCAUCCUGCUCAGUUUCCCCAGCAGAAGCAACUAGCCACUAUGCCUCUACUGCAGAAGGAACCAACCACCAUAACCCAGCAACCUCAGCAGGUGUGGCAUCCAGCUCAAAUGUCCAAGAAUCGAACAUCCACUGAACUUCAGCAGCAGAAGCAACCAUCCACCACGCCCCAGCAAGCGUGGCAUCCGUCUCAAUUUCCCCAACAGCAGAAGGAACUGGCCGUCGAGCCCCAGCAGCAGAAGGAACUGGCCGUCGAGCCCCAGCAGCAGAAGGAACUGGCCGUCGAGCCCCAGCAGCAGAAGGAACUGGCCGUCGAGCCCCAGCAGCAGAAGGAACUGGCCGUCGAGCCCCAGCAGCAGAAGGAACUGGCCGUCGAGCCCCAGCAGCAGGAACUGGCCGUCGAGCCCCAGCAAGUGAGGUAUCCAGCGCAAAUGGCCCAGCAGCAACCCAACGCCAUUCCUCAGCAAUUUUGGCAUGUAGGCCAAAUUUCCCAGCAGCAACUCGCCCCAAAUUCUCAGCAGAAGCACUACGAAAGCACUGAAGAUGGUGCCUCUGGUAGUUCUCAGGCCAGCAUUGUUGAACAGUCGGGUGUCAUCCCAAUCUCUUCCUACAGUUUCAAAUCGCACUACAAGAAUGGCAGAACUGGAGUCUCCCAAAUAAGAUGCGCUCCUAGGGAAGCAAUGCCUGUUGACAGUGGAAAUGCUCCCAAGGACGGUUAUGUUAGCAUUGGUGCACCAAACAUAUAUCCAACACGAGUGAAGGAUUCUGCAAGGGAAAUAUAAUGGAUUCAUCCUCUAGAAGCUCUAAUGACCAGGAAGUUGCAGGUGUUCUUGCUACUCUAGUGUGAUGGAAUCAAUAAACAAUUUGACUUUAAAAAA